GACCGGAAGUUCCGUCAGAAGAGAAACAAAGGGCUGUUUUUAGAUAAAUACAUGCUUUCAGUCCUGCUCUUUCCUCGGUGAAGCACUUUAAAUGUUUGGUGAACAGUGGGACUGUGUUCCGGGACGGUUUCAGUCACAAUAAGGAUGUCACACUGCACCCAGCUGUGGAAAAGGAGCUUACUCAUCAUUCCCCAUUUUUUCUGACCCGGUCUUCUGAAUGUCCCGAACACUGACCACCAUGAGCAGCGGUGCAGUGUCCAGUGACCAGCAGCAACGGCCGGGUCCCACGGAGACACUGCAGUGUCCUCGUGGUCCGUAUAUCUCAGCCAUCACUAAUAGGACCACUAACCUGUUCAUCCGAGGAGGAAUGCUGUUCUCCGUGGGCGUCUUCUUGGCUCUGGUGUUGAAUUUACUUCAGGUGCAGAGAAACGUCACCCUUUUCCCUCCAGACGUCAUCAGCAGUAUCUUCUCCUCGGCGUGGUGGGUGCCUCCCUGCUGUGGCACCGCCUCAGCAGUGAUCGGCUUGUUGUACCCCUGCAUCGACAGUCGGCUCGGAACACCACACAAGUUCAAGCGGGAGUGGUCGAGUGUGAUGCGCUGCGUGGCUGUAUUUGUUGGUAUCAACCAUGCUAGUGCUAAGGUAGACUUUGCUAACAAUGCACAGCUGUCUCUGACUUUAGCAGCACUCUCCAUCGGUUUAUGGUGGACCUUUGACCGCUCCCGCAGUGGUUUUGGUCUCGGGGUCAGCAUCGCUUUCUUGGCAACUCUGGCAGCCCAGAUCCUGGUUUACAACGGAGUCUUUCAGUAUACGUCUCCAGACUUCCUCUACAUUCGCUCUUGGCUCCCGUGCAUCUUCUUUGCUGGAGUCAUCACCAUGGGGAACAUCGGGCGGCAGCUGGCCUUGUACGAGUACAAAGUCCUGCAGGACAAGAGCCAUCAGGACUGA